AUGGGUCGCGGUCCUAAGAAGCACCUCAAGCGCCUUGCAGCUCCCUCGUCGUGGCUCCUCGACAAGCUCGGCGGCACCUACGCUCCCCGCCCCUCGCCCGGUCCCCACAAGCUCCGCGAGUCGCUUCCCCUGACCGUCUUCCUCCGUAACCGUCUCAAGUACGCUCUUACCGGCAAGGAGGUUACUGCUAUCCUCAAGCAGCGCCUCGUCAAGGUCGACGGCAAGGUCCGCACCGACGAGACCUACCCCGCUGGCUUCAUGGAUGUCAUCACCAUUGAGCGUUCGGGCGAGCACUUCCGUCUCCUUUACGACAUCAAGGGCCGCUUCACCAUCCACCGCAUCACCCCCGAGGAGGCUACCUUCAAGCUCUGCAAGGUCCGCCGCGCUCAGUUCGGUGCCAAGGGUGUCCCCUACGUCGUCACCCACGACGGCCGCACCAUCCGUUACCCCGACCCCUCGAUCAAGGUCAACGACACCAUCAAGUUCGACUUCGUCCAGAACAAGAUCGUCGACCACCUCAAGUUCGAGCCCGGAAACGUUGUCAUGAUCACCGGCGGCCGUAACAUGGGCCGCUCGGGUGUCAUUGUCCACACCGAGCGCCACCUCGGUGGCUUCGACAUCGUCCACGUCCGUGACGUCCUUGACCGCACCUUCGCUACCCGCUCGGGCAACGUCUUCGUCAUCGGUGAGGGCGCCAAGGCUCACGUCUCGCUCCCCAAGGGCAAGGGUGUGAAGCUUUCGAUCGCUGAGGAGCGCGACCAGCGCCGCCGCCAGGCCCAGGCUUAA